AUGGCCUUACAGGAGCUGCAGAAGUCAUGGGAUCUGGGAAACUGGGGUAUAGACCUGCUUUUCCGAUGUCUGGACGAUAGUACCCCUCGAACGUUACGGCUUUCGGAUGAUCCUGUUGUACAGGUGCAAGGUGAUACAUGUGAAAGCAGUCAUGCGGCAGAGCAUAUUCCCGACGCCAGUAUCCCAAUGACGCCAGCAACUCGGGACCGAUUCGUCACAGCAAGCGUCUCCUCUGCCAACAGCAUCACAGCGGCAAAUAAACGACACGGUCUGUUUAACUCCACGGAUGACUACACGGAUGUUGUGGAGACAUCACCGUCGCAAGCGGACUCGGUCAUCUGGCGUGACUCGGUCCAUCUGGCGUUCUGUAUCGUCUUCCUGAUGGUAAACCGGUUGCACGCCAAAGUGGGGCAGAAUUAUGUCUUUUGA